GGAUGGCUUCCUCCUCGAAACCAAGCGGAGUGGUAGUUUGGGAGUGGGAAGAAAGGCCAGGCCUUUGGAUUCCUUACGAAGUGGACGUUGUCCGGUUCUUGGAAGAAAGUUACUUGAAACGUAGGGUGUCCCGGAACUCCACAGUGAAUUUGGGACAGAGUAAUCCUAAGUUAAACUACUAUGAAGUUGAUCUUGUCAAUAUGGAGCAACUGAAUGUUAGAUCAGGGAUGUUACGAAAGGUUCAGAGGAAAGUUUACUCAAGCAACUCUGUUCCGGGACAAGGAGUAAGAUGGGAGUGGUAUUGCGAUGUGAGGUGGAUGGCAUAUGACAUCCCUACAUCUGAAGUUAUUGAAAAACAGAACAGUUCUGGAAGUGGAGGCGUACUGGAUUUAACCAAUACACCAGUGGCUAUUCCAAAUGUUUUGAAUUUUCCUCUCAUGGUACAGAUAAAUAAGCAUACAGGUUUUCAACGGCGUGUGCAAAGAUUGACAGGUCAGAGGUACCCUUCGAAUGCAAAGACCCCAAAUGUUGCUGGAGCAUCACCAAAAAGGGGUCAUGUCAUCUCAAGUACUCAUAAUGGUCGCAUGGUUUCUGGUCACACCAAAGCUAAAAGUACAGCUACUCCAAGGAAAGACACAAAACCUGCCAGCAUUGUAAAGAAAACAAAGAAGGCUAAAGUGGAACAUGCCCAAGCUGUAGGUGCCACUGGCGGUGAUCCUCUGUCUGAAUUCUGCAAUGACUUGGAGAAAGCUCCAGAUGAGGUACACGUACUAUAGCUUGACAUACUUACAUGUAUAAGGAUAAUAUGUUUUUUCUUUUGUUUCUCUGCAUGUCAAGACUGGCAUUCUAGGCUGCCGGCAGUCUGUUUUUCUCUUGAAAUUCAGUAGAGGUUAUCAGGGUGAGAUGAAAUUCAAAAACCCUGCUUGCCCUUUGGGCAAGCUGUAAUUUCAUCUUACUAGCCCAAAUCUCUGAGGCGCUUGCCCGAAAUUAUUUUAUUUGGUAUCAGCAAAUCAAUUUAAUAUGGAAAAAUAAUGUUAAUUAAUAAUACGGAGGUUAGAUGAACUAAUUCUCUUUGAUUUCCCUUUUGAAUGAAACCUUAUACAAUAAAACAUUUGGAACUCUCAAUGAGUGCUUCCAGAAAAUAUCCAUACCCCCCAUGGAGGGU